AUGUCCAGCCAGGACUCGGACCUCCCCAUCUAUCCCGACCUCCGCGGCAAAGUCGCGCUGGUCACAGGCAUCGGGCAAGACGGACCGCCCGACCUGACCGACAACUGGGGCAACGGAGCCGCGAUAUCGCUCGCCCUGGCGCGGAACGGGGUGAAAGUAUUCGGCUGCGACAUCAAUCUUCAAGCCGGACAACGCACGAAAUCCCGCAUUGAAGCCCUCGUCCCCGACGCCGUCGUCGACGUCAUCUCCACGGACGUGACAUCUUCGUCGGCCGUCGCGGAGCUCGUUGAGCAAUGCACACACAAACACGGCGGCCGCAUCGACAUCCUCGUCAACAACGUGGGCCGCAGCGAAAAGGGCGGGCCGGCCGACAUGUCCGAGGCCGUCUGGGACGCGCAGGUCGACAUCAACCUGAAAUCCGUGUACCUGCUGUGCCACGCGGUUUUGCCGAUCAUGGAACGCCAACGGUCCGGCGCCGUCGUGAACAUCAGCAGCAUCGCGGGCCUGCGGUACAUCGGCAAGCCCCAGGUCGCCUAUUCCGCGACAAAGGCCGCCGUGACGCAGUUCACAAAACACACCGCCGUGGUGUACGCGGACAAGGGCGUCCGGCUCAACGCCGUCCUGCCGGGCCUGAUGUUCACGCCGCUCGUGCAUACGAUUGCGAAAAAAUACGCCCGCGGCGAUUAUGAAGGCUUCGUGGCCACGAGGCAUGCGCAGGUGCCGACGGGGAAGAUGGGCACGUCGCUUGACGUGGCCAACGCCGUCGUUUUUUUGAGCAGUAACGUCGCCGCGCGGUAUGUGACGGGCCAGAAGCUCGUGGUCGACGGCGGGAUGAUCUCGAGUACGGGGAGGACGUGA